UUUAUUUAGUAACGCGGAAUAUAUAAUGGCGGUAUAAUUUACCACUUUCUUGCCAUGCUUUUGUUUUAACUUUUAAUUUUUAGUUAUAAUAAAGAAGAUUUUUCUAAAAAAACAUGAAAGUAUUUGUGCAACUUGCUUGUAUGGUGGUCAUAGCUUUCUGCAAACCUUCGACGCUAUCCGAUGGUUCUGAAGAAAAAAAUGACUUCCGCGCAAUCGAAGAAAAAAACCUGAAGAAUGGCGAGUUUUUUUCAAAAGAUGAUAACACAGAAAAUAGAAGAGUUCGACGGAAUUUCAGAUCUUAUUUCUAUAAUUAUCUAGAUGAAAUGGCAAUGUCUAUUUGUGCAUCAAUUCCUAUUACAAGCCCAGGUUAUAUAUUUGCUGUAAGAAGAACAUGUGGAGGAACUUUAACUUGCGAUGAUAUUUGUACAAACUUAGAGCUAAAAAAACAGAGUACAAAUAUAGCUAUCAACGGGCCGAACCAACAAUGGUCCUGCUUAGAAUCUUUGCAUGUUUACAAAAAUGUUCGGUCACUUGCUGAUAAUUAUGAUGAAGAUAAAGAUUCUUAUAAAUUGGGUCUUAGUAUAUUUAGAUACAAAUCGUGUAAAGGUUCAGGUUGUGGUCCAAACUACUGUUGCUGUCAAAGCAAAGUUUAAUUGAUGCUUUACAUUUACUUUUAUGUUUACUCUAUAAGCUAUAUUAUACAUUACUGUAUAAUUUAUACUAUAAUAAUAUUAAUUUUAAGACUUACUGUAUUAA